ACAGAGAGAGACAGAGAGAGAGAGAGCCGGUGUACAUAAAUACAUGUAUAUAUCGAUCUCAGGAAGGGAAUCACGGAGUGAUAUAUCGAUCAUAAGUGCGAGUAGGUGCGCGCUUCUUGUUCAAGAAACGUCUAUAAAAUUUAAUGUGCUUCUGAACUGCCAUUAUUCUCACGCUCAUAUUUAUAAUAUCUCUUCCAAAGGAUUACUGCUUCAUUGAGACAGGAAUCAUAUCAACAAUUAUUUAUUCUGGUGUUUGGAUUGUAGAGCCAUACAUUCCCCUCCACAUGACAUAGGGUAGAAGGAAAAUACUCAUCGUUUGAAAGUUGUCUCUACGCCCUGCUAUACAAACCGUAUUGGAGAGUUGUCUGGAUAGUUAGCUAAUCAAAAUUCUGAACGCAACAAUGGACCCCACCGAGCAGAACCAGACACAAGACUCCCUCAGAACGCCUCGCCCAUCCAUCAGCGUGGUGGACACAACGGAAACGGAACACUCGGAAAUAACAGAAGAACCAGAAGGACAAAGAAGAAAAUCGAAAAUGUCUGUGAAGAACAAACUGCCGAACAUCUCAGAAGAAGAACAAGCAGACGAGAACAACAACUCUCCCGACCACCAGCUACCAACAAUAGGCCGGAACUUCCUGGUCACUCACACCAGCGACAACUGGAAGAUCCGGAAAGCCAUGAAGGAAGCAGAACUCCAGCACAAAGCAGACACACAAGCGACGCCACCAAUACCCACAAAGAAGAAAAAGAAGAAAGACAAAGAAAAGAAAUCACCCAGUGAGCAGAAGGAAAACCUGGGAAUACUCAGCCCGCGAAAAGAACAACUUCCGCCACCUACUUUCUCCAAUCUCUCCCCAUUGGCCAAUCGCAGGCUCUCUGCAGAUGACGUCAUACUAAGCCGUCAUCGUCUCUCUGUGGGUGGUCUACUGGAGAAACUAGACAAAAAGGAAAAAGCCAUACUCUCCAACUUUGACGUUGCCCCUCAGUCGUUGAGUGCUCUUAUCUCGCCGCGAGACGCCCUCCAAAUCCCGCUCAGACGACAGACACAAGGUCCCGAGUCCCUAGAGGUCAAGGUACCUGACAGUAAGUUCCCCAACGGCGGUCGUUUCCUGGACGCCAUCAGCGAGCAGAUAAACCAAGAGGGAGAUAUCUACGACGUAGAUCUCUACGACCUGAAGGAAGAGGACUUACUCUAUGACGACGACGAAGGUUUCCCGGAUGACGACGACGACUUCGCAGACGAUGAACCGAAGGAAGAUGGUGGUGUCAAUGGGAAGGAAGAUGUGCGUAGCCUUGGUAACGCGUUUCUUGAACUCGAAGAGGAAUCCUCAGGUUUUCUCGAGACUCCCUCACAGGAGAGCAAACCACGCCGCCCUUCUGAGGAGUUUGACACAGACCUCAGUGACGCCAGCUCGGAGGACGAAGGGGGCGGGGCGGGAGGGGCAUCGCCGAAUCGCGCCAAGAACCGGCUACUGAAGACCUACAAGACAGCCUGUGCCAAGUGCCGAUUGAAAGGGAACGCCACGUUCUUGAGGCAGUGUGGGAAGGCGUGCAUAGAUCUACGUCACAGGAUGUUGACGUGCAAAGACGCCAAACCUAUCGCCAUAGCGCUUGUGUCGGACAAGCGCACCAGUACCUUAGACCUGUCUGACAACCCCCUAGGACCCCUGGGCACCUCUUGUAUAGCGGAGAUGCUCUACGCCAACAGGACCAUCUUAGAACUGAACCUGUCUAAGACGGGCCCCGGAAGGGAGGGACUGACAGCCCUGAGCCAAACUCUGCCCCACAACCCUGUACUCAAACGUCUGUACCUGGACAGUAACAAACUACAGCAACAAGAUGGAGAGAUCCUGGCUCAGAUCAUCACGAGUUGUCCGGAGCUAAGCGAGCUGGAUUUGAAUGACAACAAUCUGGGCUUCCAGGGCUGUCGUCAGAUAGCGCGCGCUUUGGGCUCUGGCAAAGCCAGAAUCAACCACCUGAACCUUCAGUAUAAUAACAUCCGGACAGAUAGCGCCGUGCAUAUAGCCUUGUCUCUCGCUAAAAACACGUAUCUCAGGACCCUCAACCUGGCCUGGAACGGGUUCGGCUUUGACGGUUGUCGGGCCCUGGCCGUGUCUCUCAAGGCCAACAAGACGCUCAAAGAGCUGGACCUGACGUGCAACAGGCUGGGGAUCAAAGCUCUAGGUUAUCUUAUCAAGGGACUCACUAGCAACUCUACGCUGAGUUGUAUACGGGACAUCCCAGUAGACGAGGAGUUCCUUGAACUGGCGCGAAAGCUCCGGGAGAAGAAAGUGAUCCGCGUGGAGCAUGACUCGACCAUCCACAUGGGCACCACUGACCAGGCCAGGGAGUAUGACGGGAACGAGCUGGACCGGUUUGAUCCGGUCACCGUGCUGUUUGAGUACAUGAAAAAGGACAACCUGAGGGUCAUUGACUGAGAUGAUGAAGGGGAACAGGGCCAACGACAGAGCCGUCAAACUGCGGCGUAUCAAGGCCAACCGGAAGCGCAAGCCGGACAAAGGUCUGGAGGAUCUGUGGAAGCUGCUGGUGGAGCUCAUCGCCAAGCGCAAGGCUCAGAACGAGAAACGGUCACAGAACGAGAGCAACUCACGGGCCAUGCAGGCGGGAGGGGGAGGACCAGGGCGGAGAGGGAGUAUGAUGGUGGCUAAACAGAAGGCUAACAAGUAGACAGGUUUUGUGGGAGUAUGAUGGAAAGUCAACAAGGCCAAACAGAGGUCAAAGGUUUUGUAGAAUUAUGAUUAGAAGGUCAACAAAUAGACGAGGGAGUAUGAUGGUGGCUACACAGAAGGUCAUUAAGUAGACAGGUUUUGUGGGAGUAUGAUGGUGGCUAAACAGAAGGUCAUUAAGUAGACAGGCUUUUGUGGGAGUAUGAUGGUGGCUAAACAGAAGGUCAUUAAGUAGACAGGUUUUGUGGGAGUAUGAUGGUGGCUAAACAGAAGGUCAACAAGUAGAAACAUUGUUAGCUUUCUGGCCAAACUGGUCUGUUCAUGUUUCUUUUUUUCGGAACAUCAUCGAUCCUAUUACCACUGAUGCCAUAAUGUAUACAUGGAGUUGUUAAAUACACAAUUAAAGAGGGAAGAGAGAGAGUGGGAAAGAAAGAGAGAGACAGCGACAGAGACAAAGAGAGAGA